GCCACGGUUCAUCUCCAUCGUCGUGGCGAAAUAUGAAAACGCCAUUUUGAUGUCUUCCAGUUCCAGUUGUUUUAGUUUUGUCACAGUGCUGUUUAAUGAUGUCGCAACAUUUCAACAUCUCAUUGAUUUUGAAUGGUGUUUACGUACAACGAUCGCAAGUCAAUUUCAAAAAGACCUGGACCUCGAGCUCAAAUCCAAAUCAUAAUCAAGAGAAUGGCAUCGUUUCCUGAGAUCAAUUUCUCUGAUGCUUACGCAUCGUGGAUCGACCUGCGAAUGAAGCAUUUCAUUGCCACGCGCGAACGGGAUUUGGCGCUCCAGAACGAAGCAGAUGGAGCAAGAAUCCGAGGGGAAACGGAUGAGCGAGCCGCUGAAUUAGCGGCCAAGAUUUCUUCGCGCACCCAGACGUUCAAUAAUCUGAAAAGUCAUUUCGAGCAACACCUUCAUUGUCUGACUUGCGCAAAGGAAGGUAAGUUGUGCGAUGUCAAGCAACUUGACGCAGAAAUAAGUGAGAAUGGAAAUGACGCAUCUGCCUAUGUCUGGAUACCACAAGCAGCAAUUAUGCAAGACAGCAACACUCCGAACCCAGUGUCCGUCUUUGGUCAUGUAAAACUAGAAGUCUGGGAGGAGCGACGGCGAGAAGAUGAAGAUCAAGGAGAAAAUGAAGACCACGAGGACCUUCCGGAACAUGUUGUUAAAAUAUUAUACGAAUCUGCACAAAUGCGUGGAUUGGAGGAAGCGAAGGAUCUCCGUGAGAGUAUAGUGCAAGAUCAAUUGCGGCCUUGGAUGGCUAGAGUAUCCCGGCCGAGUGCAGAAUUGUUUGCAGCUGCCGCAAGCACACAGAUACCACCAGCGAAACCGUCCUUGCCGCCCGAGUUAUUCCGAAUUGUGUCUUCCUUUCUCGAUCCGUUCGCUGAAGUUCUCAAGGCGCCAGCCUAUUACGCAUCACUCGCUCUGCGUCGGCGCUUCCGCGACUUGGAGAAAUUUCUGGAUGGUGGCUUUCAAUACUCCCUUGACUCCCUCAUUGAAAAACAUCCGGAGACGACAGAAAUUCAGGGAAGCAUUACUCUCGCGUACAAGAAGGACGAAAUACUGGGAACCAGGUCUACCGCGUUACGCAUCACGCUUGGAGAGUUUCAUUUCUCGAUAUCAGGACCAGUUCACUGGCCCAGUUAUGGCGAGGAGCAGAUCGUCAAAAGUGCAGACUGGGAAGCUGUGCAAAGAAAGGAACGGACUUCGGCUGCGUCUGACCCGCUCACGCUAGUGAGGUCAUCUCCGAGUGCGGCUAAAUAUGGCAACGUCGCUAUUGUUCUGCGCGAGUUCUUCCGACGAAAGGGCUUCCGCUUCCUGCAGGAGCCCGACUGGCCACACAUUUUUACAAUUUCUUGGGGUGAUGCCAAGGAGCCGGAGGACGUGAGCUAGUAGUAGCAGAAGAGGAGACGAGGGGGUGCGUUGCCUUAUUCUCGUUGUUUUCGUCAGAAAGAAUAGUUAUGUAUUUUUGCAACGAACCGCAAUUGUGGUGCUGAAGCUGAAGAAAACAAACGCAAAUAAAGGACGCGUGUUGGCGCAAAGCCGCUUGUGGUCGCUAAUCUUACGCAACUACUCUGGAGGGGAGCGAC